AUAUUGUGCACCAUGCCUGUUUCAGUAGCAACGGCAGAACGUUCAUUUUCUACCCUGAGGCGGUUAAAAACGUGGAUGCGCUCCAAAAUGAAUGAGGAAAGACUAACGGGAUUAGCCUUAAUGAACAUUCAUCGCGAUAUUGAAUUAGAUAUUGAAGACAUUAUAACAAGGUUUGGCCGAAAAAAAUGUAGAAAAAUGACAUUUGUCUUGUAA